AAUUUGCAGGCCACACAGUGACCUCACAUAUUGACAGGGCAGUCACAAUUUAGAGUGCAGCAGUCAACGAACAAGCGCGGAUUUGUGUUCAGCCGGCCGUCUCAUCGUGAAUCGUGAUAAUGUUGGUCAGGGACGCAAAACGACUCAUCUUCGUCGCACCACUCCUCAUAUUUGCGUAUCUAGGUCUGAGACUCUACUUCGACCAGUCGGCGCUGCCAUCUGGGCUCGGCGGUUGGAUCGAGAGUACCUUUUCGUCCAAGGCCAACGGUAUAUCAGACAAAUCCAGUCCGGGAUACAACCCAUUCGAUACACUCGCCACCAAUUCCAGGCCAUCACCACCGUCCACAUCGACAUUUCCCGGUCCUGAUUUGCCAUCAUCAUUCGAGACGUUUGGGCCCGGCGACUUCGAGCCCUCAUCCGCAUAUAAUGAGGUCUACUCGGUCUCGACCAAGGACCGCAAGUACUUUGCCAUCAAGUUCGGCGACAAGCAGGCCAUGAACCCAAACAUCAUCCCUCAUCCCAUACUUGAGAACACGUGGAUCAUUGUUGCGCAGCAAUUCAACGGACCCAACGAACCCCACGCCUUCUUCACUGAGCUGGUUUGCAAUGCCGCCUUCUUGGACGACGUGCUGCAGUGUAUUGACCCCCCGACCGUCCUGCCCAUCGCGGCCACGGUUGGAGACAAGUGCGAUGGCGAUCUGGCCUUUUUCGCGAUCAACACCGGUCCCCAUGAUGCUCGUGUAUUUUUCGGGCCCAAGGUGCCCUAUACCGUGUACGGCUCCAACUCACUGCACACUUGCUUCGGCCAGUGGGUCCAAGACCUGCGAGCCUUGGUUCCUUGGGGCUUGGACAUGAUCAAACAGGACCAGUUCAGAUUAGGCACAGAGCUGCAACGUCCCCUGCCCUAUAAUGCCGUCGAGAAGAAUUGGUUCAUCUUCUGGGACCGGGAGGAGCAGGCCUACGCCCACUAUGAGGUGGCCCCCAAGCGCGUAUUUGCUAAGUUAUCCGACGACGGGUCAGCGGGCCUGGACAUUGCUCCCCUGGCUAGUGUCAACGACGACAAGUGCAUGGCCAAAUACAUGCCCAAGGUGGCCCCUAAGCUGGAAUCUGUCCACCAAGCGACCAACUCGCUCGCCAUCACGCUCUGCAACCGUGCUGACCCGACGUGCGUCCAGACCGACGCCAACACCUUCAUCUUCACCAUAUUCCAGCACAAGACGUAUUAUGACUUCCAUAGCGUUUAUUGGCCCUAUGUCAUGGUGUUCGAGCAGCGUGCCCCGUUUGAGCUAUAUGGUAUCUCGCAGAAGCCGAUAUACAUACACGGCCGUGAGACACUCAGCGAGACACAGUCGCAGAUGUUCUACGUCGUAUCCAUGAGCUGGAAAUCGAGGGUGCAAAGGUAUCACGGCUUUCUGGAUGAUGUGCUGUUCCUGGCAUUUGGCGUCGAGGACGAGAGGUCAGGUGGUAUUGAUAUCGUGGCCAGGGAUAUUUUCCAGGGGCUUGGUCUUUGUUCGGAUUCAUGAUACCCAGUAAAUCUACACUAAUAGAAAAUUGAAGAAUAAUGGACCCCC